GGGGAUAUGUGACACUUCCUGGGACCCCGGACACGCCAGCCAGAGGCCUCAGCCUUGGAGGAUGGCAAGUUACGAACACCCCGGAAGUCCUGACUGGAGGGGACCCCGAGGCCAGCACAUGGCAGGCACCAGGCAGGAAAUCUCAGCCGCUGGAUCAGAUGACGACCUUCCAGAGCCUGAGGACUUAGGCGCCCCCGGCAGCCCCGGCUCCCACUCCAGUAUGACCACACGGGAGCUGCAGGAAUACUGGCAGAGGGAGAAGGGCGGCCACAGACAUGUCAAGCUGCUCUUUGAGAUCGCUUCAGCCCGCAUCGAGGAGAGGAAAGUCUCCAAGUUCGUGAUGUACCAAAUCGUCAUCAUCCAGACGGGGAGUUUUGACAGCCACAAAGCCGUGCUAGAUCGGCGCUACUCCGACUUCGAGCGGCUGCAGAAAAGCCUGCUAAAGGCCUUCCGGGAGGAGAUCGAGGACGUGGCCUUCCCCAAGAAGCACCUGCUGGGCAACUUCAGGGAGGAGAUGGUGAGCGAGCGCAAGCUGGCGUUCAAGGAGUACCUGCGCGCGCUCUACGCCAUCCGCUGCGUGCGCCGCUCGCGCGAGUUCAUCGACUUCCUCACGCGGCCCGAGCUGCGCGAGGCCUUCGGCUGCCUGCGGGCCGGCCAGUACCCGCGCGCGCUGGACGUGCUGGUCCGCGUGCUGCCGCUGCAGGAGAAGCUCACCCCGCACUGCCCGGCGCUGCGCGUGCCCGCGCUCUGCGCCCUGCUGCUGUGCCACCGCGACCUGGAGCGGCCCCUCGAGGCCUUCGCGGCGGGCGAGCGCGCCCUGCACUGCCUGCACGCCCGCGAGGGCCACCGCUACUACGUGCCGCUGCUCGAUGCCAUGGUCAGCCUGGCCUACGCGCUGGGCAAGGACUUCGCAUCCCUCAAGGCCAGGCUGGACGAGAGCCAGCUCCGGAGGCCCACCUCGCGGGUCUUCUCCCUCAAGGAGCUCAUCGUCCGCGAGUACCUGUACUAGGCGGUGGUGCUGCCUGUCC